UACUGUCACUGAUAAAUUUGUGCUCUCUGUCGAAAAUAUAAAUUUUUUGUUGUUCGUGAAAAGUUGAGACAAUUUUAUGCUAAUUCAAUUAUAAAAUAAGCGUGAACCACCUAACCGAACCGAUAGCAUUAACACGUUCGUCUGUGUGAAAUUGUGUGUUACAAAAGCUAUGUCGUUCAAGAAAGAUCUGCGGCUGUUAGCCAAACCAUACUAUUGGGUUAACAUUUUGCUUAGCUUGUCCUAUUUAGUGGCAAAACGGGCGCCGUACGUGUGUAAAUACGUUUUUCCAACCGAAGAUGGAAUUUGUGAACUGGAUAGUCGUGAAACGGAAAUUCUAUUUUUCUUAGUGAUUGUCGUUGCGAUUCGAACGCGUAAAACUGGGAGUGUUACAAUGAUCAAUUACCUAACAUCAUCGUUCAUUUACACAAAAAUUGCCAAUUUAAUACUAUGGUCGUAUAGUGACGUCCGGUACGGUAUUGGCUUUGCGGCCGUUUUUAUACUAUGUGCAACUGUUCUGCCAGAACCGACAUAUUCUGGUCCCGAAAAUGUUGUCUACUUCCGCACACCGACUGGCUUAGAGGACGAAAUGGAUCGGGACAAGAGAGUUGUGUGGAUUGUGACAUUUUACACCGUCUGGAAUCCGGCUUGCGUCAAUUUUGCGCCGAUAUUCGCUCAACUAUCAUCCGAAUACCAUCUGCCGAAUUUGAAAUUCGGAAAAAUGGACGUUGGUCGACAUCCGGAAGCCGGCCAAAAAUAUCACGUAUCGGACAGUUCGUUCAGUCGACAAUUGCCAACGGUGAUUCUGUUCAAAAAUGGCAAGGAAAUUAUGCGAAGACCGUGUGCCGAUUCGAAAGGGAAAUUGAUGAAGUUCUUCUUUUCCGAGGACAAUAUUCGGGCUGCGUUCGAUUUCAAUAAUUUGUACAAAGAAUGUAAGGAGAAUCCGAUUAAGACUGCUACGUCUGCCAUUGAGAAGAAGAAAAAUUAAAAAGGUUUGUCGUCGUGCCAUGUCGGAGAUUCGGUUUUGUUAUUGUAAAUUGUAUUUACCAACGUACCAACGAUGUGUUUCAAAUUGAUUGCACAAUUUUGUUUUUAUUACCGAGCUGUUCCAUGUUCAUUACUAUUCAAGGAAAAUAAUCAUUUUGUGCUUCUGGAGUGCAUAACCGUGUUUUGUUAUUUUAUUUUUAGUUUUAAUUUAAACCUUAGACCAUUUUGGUAAUAAAAAAAUUCGAUUUAAUUAGCGGAAA